AUGGAUGAAAAAGGCAAUCCGCAGGACCCUUACAAGGCCAUCUUUCUGGAUGUGGAGAAAGUAACCAAAAAGAUGAAGGGAGGAGAGUAUGAAAGUCCAUAUGAUGCCUUUCCAAGAGCAUGGAAACACUACUGGCAGCACACUGUUUUGCCCAAAGCUGCGGAUGCUGAAGCAAAAAUUGAAGCACGAAUGGAAAUGCCUACUUUGUGGGAGUGCUUGGAAGUAUUCCAGUUGCAAAAAGAAUUGGCUCAAAACAAUUUUUUGAUUCCAUUGGACGAGGAUUGCAUGAACAAACUGGGUUGCGAUGCGAGUGCAAAGCUGCAUUUGACUGUCCGAGAGCAUGUUUGCUACUUGACAAAAAGAGUGGCCAAGAACUUAGAUGCUUACGGACGUGCUAAGGCAGCGCCCAAAACCAAGUCGUAUGCUUUGGACGCAGAUGCAAAAGAAGAUCCAGGAUUAGUGCGUGAAGGACACGGGACUGGAGAUACUGGCAAAUGCUUUGAACCAGCCUUUGAAGAUGCUUUGGAUCCAGACAUCGAUGGGGAGGUUCGACUGAAGGCUGGAGAUGCACCCUUAAAAGUACAUCAUCCGCUGACUUCAUCGCAGCGUUCGCAAGCCAUGACCUUUCAUCGUCAAAAGCAUACCAAGUUUGUGCGCGACAUGAUUUCUGCGGGCCUUUUGCCCUUGACAGGGGACGAAGAAGCGUUGCAUAGAACUUCGUCCUACAAGCGUGCGAGUGGCACUGCAGUGACUGAGGCUGAAAGAGAAAGAGAGCUGGCUGCAAACAGCGACGUCGGGAUUCCAGAAGCAGAAUGGCGCACCUUUAGCAAGCCAUCGGCAGCGAUGGCGCGGAAGGUUGCUGAGUUUGAAAAGUCUGCCGGUGGAUUCAAACUGGCGCCGGAGCAAUUGUCUGCUUGCAGAUGGUUUGGUGAGGCAAUGGAUGCAGCUUUACAAGAAGAAGAGAACAAAACACCUUUGCGAAACCGUUCGCAGCACGCAUGCCUUUUGAUUGGCGCCGGUGGCACUGGCAAGACGACAAUCACUUUAGAACUCACGCUGGAUGUUUUUUGCCACUUUUUUCCAGCCAGACCCGGAGAAGAAGAGCGAUACAUGAUUGCCACCCUCAGCCAUGCCCAAUCGGAUGCCAUUUCCAAUCAUGCCUAUCGUGAUUUUUUGCAGAUCAAGCCUGCCAACGAGAUCUCCUUAGCUGACAAUCUCGAAGAGCUGAUCCGCAAAAUGCCGCACCGAGUGGAGUGGAGACUGAACACCAUGCUGCCCAGGUGCACGCCUGCUGCACCUUUGUCCGAGGAUCUCUUGGCUCAGCUGCGUGCUCGCAAAAUCGAAAAUUGCAAGAAAGAACUAAGCACGGACUUGUUCAAGCGUGGCCACGUCAUUGGAAUGUAUUGGGAGAACAUUGCUCGCAGCAUGGUGGAAAGAGCAAAUCGAGAUGCGCAAGACCUUGAUCUGGAUUCUGUCAUUUUUCCGGAAUACAUGGCCAGAGGUAUUUGGGUGAAAUUACUUAAAGGAAAGAAUUCGCCCAUGGAAGAUGCUCUGUUGCAGACGUGGGAAGAAAAGUUUCAGAAUGUGGGCGAACACACAACUGACGCAAAGACAUUGUUCUUUGUGGAAUUGGUGGAUGCAGAGUUCAAAAUUGAUUUGAAGCUAGGCGAGGAAACCGAGAAAAUUGAAGUGAUUCGCUGGCAAUUUCCUCUUUUGCAUGGCAUGCUGCGCACUGCUUACAGUGCGCAAGGCUUGACUUUGGACGGAGGCGUGCUGGUUGAUUUGCGUCGUGCUGGUGGCCUAGAGGAUGCUGACUGGUGGCUAGCCAUCUAUGUCAUGCUGACACGUGCCCGCAAACUGAAGAAUCUCAUCUUGCUGGGGUUCACGGAGCAAGUGGAAGAGCUUUUACGCAGAGGCCCUCCUACCUACUUGCGAGAACUGACUGACAAGUUGGAAGCCAAAGCUGCUUCGACGCUGGAGCGGCUGCAGUCCUGGCCUCUCUAUGAUGCACUGCAAACAUCCUGA